AUGCUUGCUGCCAGAAACUUUUCCGCUGCUCGCCAGUGCUUGCGCUCCGUCCGCAUCACUCCCAGCUUCGUGACCCCCAUCGCUCAGAUCCGAAACGUCUCCAGCUCUUCUGAGGAUGCUGUCGCCAAGUUCAAGGGCCAGAAGGGUGCCGAUGGCAAGUUCACUGUUACUUUGAUCGAGGGUGACGGUAUCGGCCCCGAGAUCGCUCAGUCGGUCAAGGACAUUUUUGAGGCUGCCAAGGCCCCUAUUAAGUGGGAGUCCGUCGAUGUCACUCCAAUCCUCAAGGACGGCAAGACCGCCAUUCCCGACGAGGCCAUCAAGAGUGUGCAGAAGAACUUUGUUGCCCUCAAGGGUCCUCUCGCCACUCCCGUCGGAAAGGGACACGUUUCCCUGAACCUGACUCUCCGCCGUACCUUCAAUCUACCCCCCUAUGACAACGUCGACACCGUCCUGAUCCGUGAGAACACGGAGGGUGAAUACUCCGGCAUUGAGCACGUUGUUGUGGAUGGUGUUGUGCAGAGCAUCAAGCUCAUCACCAAGGAGGCCUCCGAGCGUGUCCUGCGUUUCGCCUUCCAGUACGCCCAGUCGAUCCAGAAGAAGAAGGUCCGCGUCGUGCACAAGGCCACCAUCAUGAAGAUGUCCGAUGGUCUGUUCCUCAACACUGCCCGCGACAUCUCCAAGGACUUCCCCGAUGUCGAGUUCGACGCUGAGCUGCUGGACAACUCUUGCCUGAAGAUCGUCACCGACCCCACUCCUUACAACGACAAGGUCCUUGUUAUGCCCAACCUGUACGGUGACAUUCUGUCCGACAUGUGCGCCGGUCUGAUCGGUGGUCUUGGUCUGACCCCUUCCGGUAACAUUGGUGAUGAGUGCUCCAUCUUCGAGGCCGUCCACGGUUCUGCUCCCGAUAUUGCUGGCAAGGGCCUUGCCAACCCCACUGCUCUGCUUCUCAGCAGUAUCAUGAUGCUGCAGCACAUGGGUCUGCACGACCACGCCAACCGCAUCCAGAAGGCUAUCUUCGACACCUUGGCUGAGGGCAAGGCUCUUACCGGUGACCUUGGUGGUAAGGCCAAGACUCAUGAGUAUGCUGAGGCUAUCAUCAAGCGUCUGUAG